CAGCAUGUCAACCUUCCUGACAGCUUCACACAGGAUGAGCUGGGUGACCUACCUCACCCACGCGUGCAUGGAGCUCACACUCGGGAGAAAGGGCCCGGCCUUUGCCAGGGGCUGGUGGCUGCUCCACGAGCACCCAGCAGACUCCAUGGAAACAGUGCGCUGGGCAGACCUCAUCUACUUCAGCAACAUGCACUCCGACCAUCUCAGGUACACAGAGAAAAUGGCGCCGGACCUAGCGCAACAUUAUUUGUCAGUUAUAUUGUUUAAUCAGCCGAAUCACGUUAACAGCAUCCUUCCAGCCCCGUCCGUCAGCUAUUUGACUGAAUGAGACGAGGGCGAGUUGAGUACUUAGCUGACAACUAAAUGGCUUAUUCACGCAAGAUGUCUUGUCAGCUACCCAACCCUGUCUGAGAAGAGACCUGAUGUUUCCGAUUUAUGUUGGAAACACUUCAAGGCCAGUGUUCUGGUAAGCGUUAUAUAUUUAUAUGCACUAAGGUGACAAAUUAAAGACGGGGGCGUUGUCGUCCUGGA